AUGAGACUGUCCGCACAAGCAGCUUUAUGUCUACCGCUACUUGCUCAAGUCUCCUACGCUCAUCAAGCCGCUGCUCCGAAAGACUCGCCUGAUUUGUGUGUGAGGAGCUGUGAUGCUUCUUUGCGGAAGUUACGCUUUGCCGACGUCGACGCUACAGCAUCAACACUUAAACAUGCGUGCCAGAGCCGUCUCGCUCUAUCAUCGCAGUAUUUGUGUCUAAGCCUGAACUGUGGAACAAACACGCGCGACUCGGAGAUACAACGUCACAAUGCUACGUGCUAUGACUCUUUCGGAAGUCCCAUUCCGGCAUUCAGAACCGACUACACCGAUGAGGAGAUUGCUGGAUUAAAGAGAGUCGGCAAGGGUGAUGCGUUUGGCUACGAUAACCCACUGGCUGAGGUGGUUAUACCUUCAUUCGAGCGGUUCAAUACUUGGUUCGAGACCUUGGAUGCUGUUGAAUAUGCUCAUAAGCUACAUCACCUUUACGGUAUCGGGGUGAUGGCGUUUUGGGCCGCGGUAGUGUUCGUAGGCCUUGGUAAUAAGGCCUACCUUGCGGUUUCAGACUUUUACUGCAGCCGCCAAAGCUUCGACGUUACCGGAGUCUGGACAGAUACGGGAUCCUGGUUCAAGCGCAAUGUCGCGAUUCCCGCAACAUUUGGGUACCGAUGCGCCCAGAACGUGUGGUGGGCAACGAUCCCAUCACGCAUCCAAACACUCACCAUCACCGUAUUUCUUUGGAUGAACGUCGUGUUCUGUGUGCACGGGUACAGAAUCAUCGAUGACAACGUCUACUUUGGCACGCCCACCAAGCAGGUCUUGCGGUACGUGUCGGAUCGUACGGGUAUCAUUUCCUUCGCCAACUUCCCCUUCAUUUGGCUUUUCGGCAUGCGAAAUAACCUGGCCAUCUGGCUUACGGGCUGGGACUUUGGGACGUACAACAACUUCCACCGCUGGUGUGCCCGAAUCUCCACCCUUGAAGCUGUCGUUCACUCAGUCCUUUAUACUGUUCUUAUCUAUAUGAACGGAGGAUGGAAGUAUUACUCAUGGUGGUUCACUAUGUGGUUUUGGAACGCUGGCCAGAUAGCGACUAUUUCCAUGUGUGCACUACUCGCCUUUUCUGUAUAUUGGAUACGGCGUCGUUACUACGAGGCCUUCCUGCUCAUACAUAUCGGACUGUCUAUUCUGAUCCUCUUCACAAUGCUUGGUCACGUCUCCAUAUUCGACGGAGAGUACGACGCGUUAUUCUGGAUCCCUGCGUACAUCUGGGUCUUUGAUCGAGCAAUGCGAUUACUUCGGGUCAUCAUUUACAAUCCCGGACGAUGGUCAGCCACUGCAUUGGCAAGCUAUAGUCAAUCUGCAAACAUCAUCCGUUUGAGCAUUCCCAUCGACAAGGCUCUGUACAAGCCUCGAUCAGGCAAUUACUUUUACCUUACAGUUUUGGACGACAAGCGUUUCUGGGAGAGCCAUCCAUUCACUGUUGCCUCAGUAUCGGGCGAGUUGCCGCAAAAGGCGGAGUUCUCGGAUGAAAACGAAGGAGUACCGCUUCUUGCUCCAGCGACAAAUCCUUCUGAAGCCGGAGAUGCUGGCCUAGAUGUGGAAUCCAAGAAACAGCACAUGACAUUCCUAAUCAGGCCAUAUAAUGGCUUCUCUGGGCGCCUUAGAGAUACAUUGGUUGACGAACAGUUGACUGCAGCGCCUCUUAGGGUACUCGUGGAUGGACCGUAUGGGCAUACACAACGAUUGCAUCGGUACCAACGAGUCCUAUUUAUCGCAGGCGGGUCUGGAGUUGUCGUUGCUCUCUCAUAUCUAAACACUCUCUGUCAAGAGACGAAGACUCUUUCCACCGUCGAGCUUCACUGGGCUGUCCGAGAACCCGGAUUCGCCAGAGAUGUUCUGGCCACAGAGGCCAAGGAGGCCAUUACCACCGGCAGAUUGUCUGUGCAUCUGUAUGUGUCCUCACAACUAAACUCAUUGGACAUAGGCGAGGUACCAAGUCAGGUUGAACAACACAUCGGCCGACCAAACAUCCACUCCAUCGUCUUGUCGGCGGCAAGCGGAGCUCAGGGUGGCAAUUUGGCUGUUGUUGCAUGCGGACCUGCCAGAAUGGCGGAUGACUCGCGGCUGGCUGUGGUCGAUGCAUUAAGAGAAGGAAAUCACCACAUAGAUUAUUUUGAGGAGAGCUUUACAUGGUAG